AUGCCACCACCUCGUCGCCUCAGACCCAAGAUCUCUCUCUGGAGAUGGUUCCGGUGGUGGCUUCGCCACUUGGAGUCUCCGCUGGAGUUACGCGCUAGUCUCCAGCGGCUCAAGCAACAGAACAAACACCCUUUGCUGACGCUCCUACGCAUGUUCAUUCCCUACCCAUCCUGGUACUUCGAUAGCGGGACUGGGAUCAUUCAGCAUCUCUUUGGGGAUCUACAUAACCUCAGAGCCAUCCCCAUCUGGCGCAUGCGUGACACGCCACCGCGCUCGAUCUACCGGCUUUACGCUCUUUUUCUCGCCGACAAGUACACUUUGAUGGGCUACGAGACGGAAUACUUCUUCUAUCGAUCAGGCUGGAAGCUCCAACACAUCCCAGAUCCGAAGGAUCCUGACCCGCUGCGGUACGCCGUAAUCGCAUGUAUCGUCGAGGAACUCCACCGAGCCAUCAACUGGCGGCUUAGUCUGGGGCUACGGAGGAGUGGUGAACACGUGUACCGUGAAACGGACGAGGAUCCGUGGCCCCCAUACGUUGCGGAAGAGUUGCCGGAGUGGGCGAGGGAGGUAGCUCCGAUCGACAAGGAUCUACUCAGACGGUCUGUGCCGCCAGAAAAGCUGGAUACGGAUGGAAACCUAGUGCUCGAGGAGAACGGCUUAAGUCCCACUUUUGCCCGGCGUAAUAUCAUCACCAACACGGGCUGGCUCUACACAAUCUAG